AUGUCACACCGAAAUGUCUCCUCUCGCCGGUCUCCCCAAGCGAGCCUUAAUCAUCGACUUAAUCAUCGUCGCUCCCCCAGUGCUGGUACUGUCCGCAGGCCAAGUACCCGUGCUCAAUCCAGUCCGCGUACUCACAACAAUCGCUCGAACAUCAGCAUUGGUGAUGGUCGUUUCAACCCCAUGCGAGGUGUCCAGAAUACCUCACAAGGGACUAAUGUCCGCGGAGCCACGUCACAAGAAGUCCCCAGUGGCUAUGCUAACAUAUUUGAGCAAGAGCAAGGCCCCCGCCUUGAUCAUUCUGGCAGUGAACUCGGAUCAGGCGAUGACCACAUAGAUGAAGAGGGGCCCUCCGAUGAGGAAAACCUCUAUGCUGUUUGGCCUCCUUUGCGCCCGGCCGGUACCGCUGUUACGGGCAAUGAUGAGCUCGAAGGUCUCAUCGAAUUGGAUGAGAAUCAUCUGCAGCUCGUCCAUCGGCUCCUGCCUACUAGGCCUGGUGAGCAAUGGCGAGUCUCAUUGAUGAUGAUGGUAUCUACCAUGCAAAGACUUGCCAUUGUGCCUCCACCGGGGCGACCCUUGUUGCCACCCGCUCCAACUGUGAAUUUUUCCUUCUCUCAAGACAUACGUGACAUACUCCGACGAAAGAUUCGCCAAAUCCUCUCCACUGGAAAUGUGCAUGCGUACACUCGCACGCAAACUGUUGCAGGGAUUCCCAUUGCUAGCACCCCACUCGUGUUGUUGACUAUGUUAACCAACAUCAAAGAGUUCCCCCGCCGACCCAUCGAUGGCCCCAUUCCCAGCUUGAUGGAACUGGUUAUGAUUAUCGAUCGAGCCAUGGGGGGACGAGAUGAAAUGAGAACUGUAGAGGCAGUUCAACAAGCAUAUACUGCAACCAUGAGGAUUAGGAUUGCCUUUAUACGAUUAAAAGUAGUUCACCACUACUUUAACCCGGACCCAGCCAACAAUAUCACUCAAUGGGACUUGGUCGAUCGACAGUUGGAGCACAUCCGCAGACAAAGCGACAAUUACAAACAUGCCUACGCUCGUGUGGUCAUCCGUAAAGACCAGGAGUACUUUGGAACCCGCGAGCUGCAUGAGAUCGACCCCAACAGUGUGACUUUGCCCUCAGAUGAAGAAAUCGCCGAAGAGAUGGCCCGGGCCGAGGGGGGACCCCUUCAACUCGGUAAUUCGAGCGCCGAAGCAGUUGUAGAUGACGGCUUGUUUGAAUAA